UGCUGAAGGCCUAGCCUAUAUAUAAAUCUGGUUAUCACUGGAAAUGUUUUUUGCACGCGAAUGCGUCUCAACCAAUCGCAGCGUCGUUCUGCACGAGCAGCUGACUAUUUUUUGACUCAUGUAAAAUGUAGUCUAAAUUAAUAAUUAUCCUCUCAAUAAGAUGAAAAUCUGGAAAAGCACGCUGGUCUGGUUGUCAGACUGAGGGCCGGUGAAUGGACCGGUGAAUGGAGGUCACUGCAGACACUGACUGAGUCUCAGAGAGAGAGAGAGAGAGAGAGAGAAAGGGGGAGACGGAGGACAGACACAGCCGCCUUCAAAAAUGGCGUCCCCGGAGGAAAAUUAGUAAAAGAUUUUAAAACGCGGCCUGUUUUCGUAACACUUCCUCGUUCGGUAUUUAUGUUUUUUUUCGUACUGUUGAUUGUGUAUUUCGCGGUGCGGGCUAACUCGUCGUCGUUUUUCCUUUUUGAAUGGCCAAAGAGCAUAAAUCAGAGGAGCAUUUGGGUGAAAUAAAGGCAGCCCUGUUUUAUUUUGAUGCGUCGUUACUGACAGCUAGCAUCUGCUGCUAGCUUCACCGCUCUGCUCCGGAGGAGGAGGGGUGGGAACGAUUUGCAUUCAAAAGGAGAAACAAAAAAUACUUUGAAAUUGGGGUUUUCCUUGCUCUCGUGUACGGUGAGUGAUUUGCUGCUACCAACGUGGCCCCCGUCGAUUGCAAUCCUUUUUUUUUUUUUUUUUUUUUUUUCUUCUGCUGCUGCUGCUAGCAUCGUAGCAGAGACUAGCCUAAAGAAAGGGGAGGAGAGACGGAGAAAAGGACGCAUUCAAAUCAAAUGUUUAUCAGCAAUUCGUCCACCACCACCAGCCAAACCCGCGGCUCCUCCAUCAUGACUGAUUUUGGAUUAAACCUGCAUUCGAGGAAAUGAUAAAUGUGAAAGGCGUAGGAAAAGGAGAAAGACUUGUCUCUUUUUUUUUUUGGAGGUAGUUGGAUUAUAACCCCGUAGACCCCCCUCUUUUUUUCAUCCAGCUUUCUCCUCCUCCCCUCCAUUUCUCUUUCAAUAUGCUGUUUUCCACUCCUGAGGACUUGCUUAUGAAACCAGGGAAAAUAGCCUGAAACCGAGAACUGGAAAGACGGGAUUUUUUUCCCCGUAAUCUGCGUUUGCGACGUUCUCGUUGCGUUGGUCCUCCAUCGCAACACAUUGUGACCACAUAAAUGGAUAGAAAUUACCCGGGAACAGGAUUUGGUGAUUUGGGCGCAGGAGCAGGAUGGAGUUACGAGAGAUCGGCAAAAGCAAGUCUUGUAUAUGGGAGUUCCAGAUCAUCCCACCCUGAGUCUGAGCUCCUUCACAGACAAGCCUACGCCACCCCACACCCUCUGCAGGGCUAUGCCACCAAUCACCACCCAGGGAGCUCUGGCCAAGGCGGGGCUUGGGGAGCAGCUGGACGGAGUUUGGGUCUGUCGGGGCUCUUUGACACUGGCCUCCACCAUGCCAGCCCCUCUGCUCCCGAUGCCUCCGUCAUGAAUCUGAUCUCAGCCCUGGAGUCUCGAGGUCCCCAGCCUCCACCCUCUGCCUCCUCCCUUCUUUCCCAGUUUCGCACGCCAUCCUGGCAGACAGCGAUGCACACACCUGCUCCUCCUGAACUAUUCAUCUCUGGAGCCCUUCCUGGCUCUGGCUCCUUCCCCUCCUCUUCAGCUCUCUCAGCCUAUCAGCAUCCAGCAUCCUUCUCCAGCCGCUCUUUCCCCACAGCCUCCCUUUCCCUCCAGGACACGCCUACGUUUAGUCCUACAUCCAAUGGCCUGCUCUCCCCACAUGACCCCCUAUUACAUAUCAAGGCCCCAUCCCAGUCUAGCCUGGGUUUUGAUAGACUCCUGUCAUCGCAGGGUGCCGCAGCAGCUGCCUACAGGGGCAGCCAGGAUCCCACGAGUGCCGCAUCAGCCCAGUCGUCCUCUGCCAGGCACCUGCAGUCACACCAGUUCAACCUGCUGUCAUCACAGCUCCAGGACCAGUCGUCCCAGCUGUACAAUGCGUCCGUCUUUUCCUCAGCCCAGCCUCAGACCCAGUCCCAGUCCAAUUCGGCUCAGGAACGGGCUGUUCCCCGGCAGGACAGCGUCAUCAAGCACUACCAGCGGCCCACGCCAGCUCAGUCGCAGCUCUCAUCCUCUGCUGCCCACUCCCUUCAGCACUACCUCAGCUGUGGAGGGGCGGGGUACCAGCAGAUCGCCACCCACCACAGGCACGCUGGCCUUUCCUGCAGCCCACUGGGCGACCAGAGCCCCUCAUCCGACCUCAAGGCCGCCGCUCGCACUGAGCAGUAUCGGCCAAUCAUCCAGCCUCCUUAUUCCUCCUCCUCCUCCUCCUCGUCUUCUUCCUCAGCUGGAAAAGGUACAAAAAGCAGCUCCAGCAGUGGCUAUUCUUCUGCCAGUUCAGCAUCAUCCUCAAGAACUCCCCACACACCCCCUUCUGCUUCCUCUACCUCUUCCUCCUCCUCCUCAUCUUCUGCCACCUCCGGGGCUCAUCCUUCCAACUCAAUCCCCACCUCCAGCUCCAGCGCAGCCCCUUCCAGGCAGCAGCCACCCCCUCAACCAGCCCCUCCUCCCCCUGCCCCACAGCAGCAGCCCCCUGCCACCUCCACGUCAGCCCCCCAGUCUCUCCCCAAAUCCUGCCUCUCAGGCUAUGGUUCCCCUGUUCCCUCAGUGAAGACCCCCUCUGCUCUUACUGGUCAGACCCCACCCCAACAACAGACACAGUCAUAUUCCCCUAAUCAGCCACCUACUUCCCACCUGGCUCAGUCCUACGGAGGCUUCAGUUCACCACAAGCCCAAGACCUGAGCUCAGGUACAGGUGGGAAAGGCUAUGGGAGUUUAGGAGGGCGAAGCCAGUCAUACCCCACUGAUCUAUAUGGAGCUGACUCUGCUUAUGGAUCGCUCCCAUCAUCUCUGGGUGGAGCUGGAAGCCCAUCACUAGGCUACGGAGCCCCAGGUCACUCCCCUGCCCUUUUAAGGUCAAGUGGUUCAUCGGGCAGUGGCGCAUCUGGAGGAGGAAGCAGUACCGGCACAGGAAGUGGGAACACCGGGUCGGGAGGAGGAGCGGGAAAUAGUAUGACCAAUGAGAGAGGUGGAGGUGGUAGUGGCGGAGGGUCUUAUCAUAUUCCAGACUCAAGCCCCUCUCCAUCAGGCAACUCGGGCAUCAUCCGUCCAGGGUUGCACUCCCCAGUGCCCACCUGCCCCACACAAUCUCCAGGAGGUGCAGGCUCUAAUAAAUACAUUUCCUCAGUCCUCUCCCCCACCUUCCUGGCCUCCCCACAGGGCUACCCUGACACCAGAGGUCCCAGCUCCCAAUCUCAGUCCUAUCAUUCCACCUCCUCCAAAACAAAGGACACCUCCAUGCUAGGAGUGGGCUCUCAGAGAUCCCAAGAGGAAGUCGAUGACGACGAUGAGUUCUUGAUCCAGCACCUGCUGCAAGCCCAAGCAAGUCCCACACCCCAGGCCGGUCAUCACCAUCCUCAACAACAGCCCCAACAGACCUCCCAACAAACACAGCCUCAGCCCCAGUCUGUGCCCCCGACCACUGAUUCAGACAAAGGGCUGAGCUAUGACAUGGGUAAGAGCUCUGAGGAGAGGUACCACCCCCAGAGUGUCAUACGCACCCACAGUGCCACAUCUACUGGUAAUGCAGGGUCCAUCUCAGGGCUGGAAACCCAGCUGGAGAUGUCACUAAAGAAGCAACAGCAACAACAUCAACAACAACACCAUCAUCAACAACAACAGCAGCAAAGGAACGAGAGGUCUGUUGGAAGCAGCAGGAGCAGCGGGGGGAGAGGCAGCGCUGAACAAGUGCACUCCCAUCUCCACCACCACGACGACCUCGGCUCGGUAGUCCACUAUGGGCGGGGCGACCCGUACAGUCAACACUCCCUCGCUCCCCAACACUCCUCGCACAGUCAGCACGUGUCCUCACACUCGCAGAUACCUCCGCACACCCAAAUGGAUCUCCAAAAGAAGCCGCAGGAGCGGGCUGAAAUCCCAUACCCUCGGAAAACACCGGAACUCCAGCAACAGCAUUCCCAGUCUCAAGCUGCCGGCUCCCUCAUGGACUCUCCCACCGACCAGUCCCGUCAGCCGCCACACCUGCUCCAGUCGGUGCUGUCCCACACCACCCGCAACAAACUGGAGCCUCACCAACAGCAUCAACAGCAGCACCACAAAAUGGACUCUCAUCGGCAACACCAACAGCAUCACAAAAUGGACUCUCAUCCCCAACAGCAGCAGCACUCCAUUAGCCAACAGCAAGCUGUAAUGGAAGGUGCUGGUGGGACACUUGGCUCGAGUAAACAUCAGGGUCAGUCUCAGUCCCAAACCACCCAGCUCCAGCUUCAACUCCAGUCCCAGGUUUUGGAGGUGGCAGCGGCUCACUACAACCACGGCCCCCCGUCACAUCAGCACGAGCAGAGCCAGGUUAAACAAAGCUCAGUGGUGUCUUCUUUGGACAUGCUGGAACGCUCCCUUUCUCAGACCUCCAGCACAGACGUAGUUGUUGCAGAGGACAGGCGCGGUGGACCGGGCAGCGUGGGAAGGAGUAGCGGUAGCAGUGAGCGCCACAGACAGGAGCAGCAGCAGCAGCAGCAGCAGCAGCAGCAGCAGCAGCAGAGGCACCAUCACACACAGCAACACUCGGCCUCUGAGCUCCACUCCUUUCUCUCUGAGCCCGAUAUCGGCUUAUCCACCCCGCCUCACAUGCACCAUCUUUCACAGCACCUUCCCCAGCAGCAGCACCCCAGCGCUCAGCACCAACAAACCCACUCUCACCACCCUCACCAGCAGCCCACACACCCUCACCACAUACCCCCAUCAUCUGGCUCGGCCCACUCCCAGCCACAGUCUGACCAACAGCAGCCCCUGUCCUCUCAGCUCACCCCUCAGCAGAGCCAGCUGGACCAACAGCGCUCUGAGCAGCACCAGUUCGACACCGUCAGCCCGGUGGAGAAAGCAGACCAGAAUCAACAAAGUAACCGCUUUGUACCCCUAACUUCCAUCUGCUUCCCGGACUCCCUCCUUCAGGAUGAGGACCGCUCCUUUUUUCCAGGAAUGGAAGACAUGUUUUGCGCAGAGGACUACAAGUCGAGCUGUGCAGGAGGUGCCGGACCAGGACAGGAGGAGAUGAAUGAAAGCCACACUGGACAAGAGGGAAUGGAUUCCAUGAAAGCUGGACAGGGUGGAGGUGGAGCAGGGGGAAGUGGUGGACCUAGCUAUGACAUAAUGGGUCACCAUGGUGGAGAUCAAGGUUAUGAGCCAUACUGUCAUGGCCUGGAAGAACCCAGCAACAACACCAUGACUCUGGAUCUAGACUCCCUUAAAACCCACGAGCUCCCUUCCACUGUGAACACUGAACAGCUAGGACUGAUACAGUCCCAGGGCCCAGCUAUGGGCAUGGGUCCCAAUCCUGCGGGUCCCAACAACUCUGGAGCCAAACUGUCCUCUGGGCCUGGAGGAGCUGGCCAAGGAGCUGGUUCUGGAGGCCUCCAAUCUCCCAUUUUCUGCUCCUCUCGUCCCAAGAAGCUCCUCAAGUCCAGCUCUUUCCACCUGUUGAAGGAGCGCCGGGACCCCAACACACUGCCUAAAAAAAGUUACGCUCAAGAAUAUGAGUUUGAAGAUGACGAGGAUAAAGCCGACCAGCCGGCGGACAUUCGGUUGAACAGCCGGAGGCUGCCGGACCUUUUGCCAGACUUGGUGUCCAGCUGCAGAAAGGGAGGAGGAGGAGGGAGUGGCUCUCUCAGCCCUUUAAUGGGUGACAUUGACUUCUACCACUCCUCUGGUUAUUCCUCAAUGGGUUCACACUCUCUUGUGCCUCAGGAUGGACCCAAGAAGAGGGGCCGAAAGCCCACUAGACCCAAGAGAGAUGGUCCCCCUAGGCCAAGAGGCAGGCCUCGCAUCCGCCCAAUGCCGGAGCCCUACACUCCACGAGGGAUGAUGGGGGAGAUGGGUGGGACGCCAGCAGGAGGGGGAUUCAGUGUGGAGGGACGAGGUAGGGGCAGGGGCCGUGGAAACCGAGGUAGAGGACAAAGGAGGGAGGAUAUGUACAUGGAAAUGAGCGGGAAGGAGCAGGAUCAGAUGCACCAACAUCCCCUCCAUCAGCAGCAGCCACAGCAGCUCCAUCACCAGCAGCUACACGAGCCUAUUCCUCCUCUGAAGAUCAAGUUACCAAUUGGUACCCUGUCGUCCUCCGAUGCCUUGCUGAGGACGGACUCUUUGUCUGGCACGGACCCUGCUUUGUCGGACGGCUCGGUGGGCUCCGCGCCCUCACUUGGUUUAAGUCCUGGACCCCCCUGCAGCACCGAAAGCAACAGAAGUCAAGAAAAGAACAAGCAGAAAAUCCACAUGAUGAGUGAAGUGGAUGAUGAGGGGCUGGAGGAAAGGGGUGAUGAGAAAGACUCUGAGUCCAAGGCCGGCUUCGUCGCUUCAUUCUUGGACUUCCUCAAGACAGGGAAGAGACCUCCAGGCUUGGACAUCUCUCCAGGAAUGGAACACGACAACGGCGAAACCUCCCCCUGUAAAUUGGGAGGUCUGCGCCCACUGUCUCCCGCACCGCCGCCACCUCUGUUCGGGGACAGCGAAGGGAACGGGGGUCUGACUCUGGGCAACUGCCCAAGCCCAAAGCGCUUGGACGACGAACUGAAGAGGAACUUGGAGACCUUGCCGUCGUUCUCCUCUGAUGAGGAGGACUCGGUCGGAAAGAACCAGGACCUCCAGAAGAGCAUUUCCUCAGCCAUUUCUGCUUUGUACGACACUCCUCAGCUGAACUCUAACAUGCAGACCCCGCUACCUCCUACACCUCCUCAUCCUCAGGCUCCUCAGUCCCCACUUACUCCGUCACUGCAGCCCCCCACACUUAGCCCACAGCCCACCAUGCAUACGCCCCACGACCUGCCCGAGUCCAACGAACCCGAUGUCCUCCAGCCAGAAGAUGGAGACAUGGAUGAGAACAAAGAUGAGGAGAAUGAGGAGGAGGAGGAGGAGGAGGAGGAGAGGAGCACGGGAGGGGAUGAAGAGUGCGAUAUGACGGAGGAGAGAGAGCCCCUGCUGGAAGCCCUCGGUGCCCCCAAUCUUGAUGCGUCCCUCCCUGAGAUUCCUCCAGAAGCAGAAACUCCUGAACCUCCCUCUAUCCCUCCAUCUCCCGCCUCCUCUUCCUCCCCCUCUCACUCCCCCCUCCCUCCCCUCUCACUCCCCUCACCCCUGCCUCUACCAGAGGAACAACAGGAGCAUUCCCAGCCUCCAAGCCCCGUCGCUCCCACAUGCCCCUCUCCGCCACCUCCUCCACCCGCUUCUCUCCCUCAGCCUGCUUCCCCUCCUCCUCCAACUUCCCCUCCUCCCCCGUCUUCAAUUCAGAAGGAGUCUCCCGUGCCAUCUCCGGAGUCCCCCGCCUCUCCCGAAGAGGCCCCACCUCCUAAGAUCAACUCCCUGCACCUGGCCCAGAAGCAAGAAGAUGCUGCCAUUGCUGGAGAGAGUGAGGAGGACGAGAGCGAGAGUGGAGGCGAGGGCAUCUUCAGAGAAAGGGACGAGUUUGUGGUACGGGUGGAGGACAUUCGAACACUUAAGCUGGCCUUGCAGACGGGCCGUGAGCCUCCUCCCAUCUGGAGGGUGCAGAAAGCGCUGCUGCAGAAGUUCAGCCCAGAGAUCAAAGAUGGACAGAGACAGUUCUGCGCCACAAGCAACUAUCUCGGCUACUUCGGAGAUGCCAAGAGGCGAUACCAGCGGAUCUAUGUCAAGUUUCUGGAGAAUGUCAACAAGAAGGACUAUGUCAGAGUCUGCUCUCGGAGACCUUGGCGCAGAGCCACACCUGCUCUCAGACGUCAGUCCCUCUCCAGAAUGGCUUCCCCUCCUGCCACCCAGGCACCACCGAGAGUGGAGAAAGAGGAGAGAGUGGCUCCGCCAGUCCAGCGUGAACAGCGGGAGAAAACCAGAACUGCAACAACAAAAGAACAGCGGGAGAAAAAGGAGGUUCCAGCUGCUCUGCCCAAAGCCAAGGAGAAGGAGAGGGAGCCUGAGAAGGAGCGGGAGAAGGAGAAGCGAGUGCAGCCGCAGCAGGACAAAGUGGAGAAACGUGUCGCAGCAGCGGAGCGAGGUAGAGCGAAGGAGGAGAAGAAAGCGGUGGAGAGGAAGGAGAAGGAAAAGGCUGAGCGCCAACCCAAGACCAAGCCAGCCAAAGUGAAGGCGGAGCCACCGCCGAAGAAGAGGAAGAGGUGGCUGAAGGAAAUACCUUCAUCAUCUGACUCGGACUCAUCGGAGGAGGCAGCUAGUGAGAAUGAAAUGCCAGUGAAAGGCGGAGUGAACAACCGUGCCAUGAGGGAGAUGUUCAGGAGCUACGUGGAGAUGCUGGUCAGCACAGCCCUGGACCCCGACAUGAUCCAAGCCCUGGAGGACACCGACGAUGAGCUGUACCUCCCGCCGAUGAGGAAGAUCGACAGCAUCAUCAGCGAACAGAAGAGGAGGUUGUUGAGGAGAGUCAGCAUGAGCUCUCAGCACCAGGAGGUCCUGCAUGCGUACCCCCAGAUCAUUGUAGACCCCCUGGACUCAGGAGCGGUCAGGGUGCGGCUAAGUGGGGAUGCUUACAACCGAAAGACCCUCAACAGAGUCAAAAAGACCCUGCCUAAACCACAGGACCUUAAACUGUCAGCGGAGACGUAUCGAAUCUACAGUCUCUUCCACUCCCUGCAUCACUAUAAAUACCACACCUUCUUACAGUGCAAGAAAGAGACCAACACCAUUGAGCAGGCGGCUGAGGACCCGGGCCAAGAGGAAGUGGUGCAGCAGUGCAUGGCCAACCAGAGCUGGCUGGACACCCUCUUCAGCUCCUUCAUCGAGCUGCUCACGCUCAGCACCAAAGCCUGAGUCGACCACAAAGACGGAGAGAGAGAGAGAGAGAGAGGGAGAGCAUGGAUUAAAGCUAGAGGAUUUUAAAAAACAAAGAUGGAUCCUACUGUACAGCCCCCCCCACCCCGGCCCGCUUCAAGUCUCUUAAGAUCUGAGGAUGAAUUUUUAAGGCCCUUGACGAACACGAGGAGGUCUAUUCAUGUGACCUUGGACACUGGCCUCUGUUCUUUUUCUUGUUGAUCACUGACUAAAGAAAUGUCUUACUUUGUGAGGGGGGGGGGACCCUACCGGAUCAGGGGUCAGGAGGGAAUUGACCGUUGAGG